CAAAAAGCAACCAACAAUGGCUUUCCAGUUUCCACUUUUCAUCCUUUUGGAAACCAUAAAGAAAAAUUCUCCAUUGACAUUGCUUCCCCUAGUUUCUUCACUAGUCGUGGUCAGCCAAAGGAGUCUCCUUUCUUCAAUCCAUUAACUAGGUUUCAGCCCAAGCAAACCAAUUCAGCUAAGAGAAACAGUAAAAGAGAUGAAAAGAGUGAGAGAGAAACUCCUCAAGAAAGUGAAAUCCAUUUCAACAUUAGCCAGUUUCAAACAUGGUCUGAUUUUUCAAGAAUAUCUCACCCAUGAAAACUUUCAAAUCCCACCAGUUCACCUAGAACAAGAACAGAAGAGCAAUAGCCUUCCAGAGCUCGUUCCUGGCGAUUUUCGCGUACCUGAACACUUAAACGAUGUCAAGGAUGAAGAAUUGGAUUCUUUCUACCAUGGUGGCAACCAAGGGAACUUCAAAACCCCCUUGCAGUCCAGAGACAUGGCGGCUGGUAAGUAUAAGAAAGAAAUUACAGUCACAUUGGAGUAUGGAAGUGAUACUGUUGUUUGUACUUCAGAAUUGUCUGAUCAGGUACAAAAAGUAUUUGCAGAAUCACAAUCUUGUGACUUUAAUCUUGAUCCUCUUAUGGAAAUUGAUAAGUUAGCCUGUUUGGAGCCUGUGAUCAAGGAACAUGGUGGUGAUUAUGAAGAAAAUGACAGUGAAGAACAUCCAUUACUAUUAGAUUUUGAAGAGAAGUGUCCACCAGGAGGAAGUGAAUCAGUAAUUCUUUACACAACAAGCAUGCGAGGAAUCAGGAAGACAUUCGAGGACUGUAACACCAUUCGGUUUCUGCUGGAAAGUUUCCGGGUUUUAUACAGCGAGAGGGACGUUUCAAUGCACUUGGAAUAUAGAGAGGAGCUGUGGAAGAUCUUGGGUGGUAGAGUAGUCCCUCCAAGGCUUUUCAUUAAAGGAAGACACAUUGGAGGGGCCCAUGAGGUGGUUGCGUUGCAUGAACAGGGAAAGCUGAGGCAGUUCUUGCAAGGAAUACCAGUAAAUCCAUCAAAUGGACCCUGCAGUGGGUGUGCUGGGUUGAGAUUUGUGCUGUGUUUCAACUGUAAUGGCAGUCGGAAGGUCAUCAACGAGGGAGAAGGCAGUGAAUCACCUUUUAGAUGCCCGAAAUGUAAUGAAAAUGGAUUGGUCAUAUGCAAUGUUUGCUGCUGAAUAUCUAACUUUUUUUUCUUUCAUGUUGCUCUCUUGAUCUUGUAAUAUAAAAAUAAUUUUUGUAUUGUUAUAUAAAUCAUUGAGAAAUUAUCCUUGUAGUUUCCCCAUUCAUGUUGAUCAAAGGGGGACAAUUCGAAG